CGCCCAUUUCAUCAAGUUCAUGGAAAUAUUGUAUUGCGAGUCGACGCCCGACACACCCUAACAUUGAAAAUCAACCUAGAAGUAUUUUGUUUAAGUUAUGCUAUUUAUGACACCUUUUAGAAUUUAAUUUUCGUCUCUUUCAUUUGCCUGGCAUAAUAUAAUAGAAUUAAUUUAGUGAAACACUCUACGAUGGGGUCCCUUUUUCGUAGUGAAGAAAUGGCUUUAUGCCAAUUAUUUUUACAAAGUGAAGCUGCAUAUGCCUGCGUUUCAGAACUUGGUGAAUUAGGUUUGGUCCAGUUCAGAGAUUUAAACCCUGAUGUUAAUGCUUUUCAACGUAAAUUCGUCAGCGAAGUACGCCGUUGUGAUGAAAUGGAAAGGAAACUCCGUUACUUGGAAAAAGAAAUUAAAAAAGAUGGAAUUCCAAUGUUGGAUACUGGUGAAAAUCCUGAGGCUCCACAACCUCGAGAAAUGAUAGAUCUUGAGGCCACAUUUGAAAAAUUAGAAAAUGAAUUGAGAGAGGUCAACCACAAUGCAGAAGCUCUAAAACGAAACUUUUUAGAGCUAACUGAAUUAAAACACAUUUUACGAAAAACUCAAGUUUUCUUUGAUGAGACUGAACAGAAAAUGGGUACUGCGGUUGCUUCACAGAUGGCUGACCCAAAUCGGGAAGAUGAGCAAGUUACGCUACUAGGUGAAGAAGGACUUCGUGCAGGCGGUCAAGCCCUCAAACUAGGAUUUGUUGCUGGAGUAAUAUUACGUGAAAGAAUUCCUGCCUUCGAAAGAAUGUUAUGGCGGGCUUGUCGUGGUAAUGUUUUUUUGAGACAAGCUGAAAUAGAAACCCCCUUGGAAGAUCCAUCAACUGGAGAUCAAGUGCACAAAUCAGUAUUUAUUAUAUUUUUCCAAGGAGAUCAACUCAAGUCUCGUGUAAGAAAAAUCUGUGAAGGUUUUCGUGCUACAUUAUAUCCAUGUCCUGAAGCUCCAUCUCAACGCCGUGAAAUGGCUAUGGGUGUUAUGACUCGCAUUGAAGAUCUUAACACUGUGUUAGGUCAAACUCAAGAUCAUCGUCAUCGUGUCCUUGUUGCAGCUGCUAAGAAUAUUAAAAAUUGGUUUAUUAAAGUUGUCAAAAUCAAAGCUAUUUAUCAUACAUUAAAUUUAUUCAACUUGGACGUAACACAAAAAUGUUUAAUUGCUGAAUGUUGGGUACCAUUACUUGAUGUUGAAACUAUCCAACUUGCUCUUCGUAGAGGAACUGAACGAAGUGGAAGUUCUGUUCCUCCUAUACUUAAUAGAAUGGAUACAUUUGAAGAUCCACCAACCUAUAACCGCACUAAUAAAUUUACAAAUGCUUUUCAAAACUUGGUAGAUGCAUACGGAAUAGCAAGUUAUAGGGAAAUCAACCCAACUCCGUAUACUAUUAUCAGUUUUCCAUUUUUAUUUGCUGUCAUGUUUGGUGAUCUCGGUCAUGGUGCAAUUAUGUUUUUAUUUGCACUUUUUUUGGUACUACGGGAAAAACCAUUAGCUGCCAAAAAAUCUGACAAUGAAGUAUGGAAUAUAUUUUUUUCUGGUCGUUACAUUAUAUUAUUGAUGGGCCUAUUCUCUAUGUAUACUGGUCUUAUAUAUAAUGAUGUAUUUUCUAAAUCUCUCAACGUAUUUGGAUCACAUUGGCAUACAUUUUAUAAUACAUCUACUGUUAUGGAUAAUAAAGCCCUUCAGUUAAAUGUAUCUAGUUCAGAUUUUUAUGAUCAAAUUCCUUAUCCAGUAGGACUUGAUCCUGUUUGGCAGCUUGCCCAAAACAAAAUUGUAUUUUUAAAUGCAUACAAAAUGAAAAUUUCCAUAAUCAUUGGAGUGCUUCACAUGCUUAGUGGGGUUGCUUUAAGUUUAUACAACUACAGAUAUUUUAAUGAUCGACUUGCUAUUAUUUGUGAAUUUAUUCCUCAAUUAAUAUUUUUGACAUUCUUGUUCUUUUAUAUGGUGUUGUUAAUGUUUAUAAAAUGGAUAUUUUAUGGUCCUCAAAAUGAAUUUACAAAAAGUCCAGCUUGUGCACCUUCUAUUUUGAUAACAUUCAUCAACAUGGUAUUAUUUAAAGAAGCUGAACCAUUAGCGCAUUGUGAAUCUGUUUACAUGUUCCCGUUACAAGGAUUCUUACAAAAAUUAUUAGUAUGCAUAGCACUUCUAUGUGUUCCAAUAAUGUUACUAGCAAAACCAAUUUACAUUAUGCGCCAACAAAAAGAAAAACAUGUUCAAUUAGUAAAUGGACAUGCCACAACUGAAAAUGGAGAUGCUGAAGGAGCAGGUCGUAUUGUACAACAACCAGCAGCAGGUGGUCAUGGAAAUCAUGAUGAAAAUGAAAUUGGAGAAUUAUUUAUUCAUCAGGGCAUACAUACUAUUGAAUAUGUACUCGGAUCUGUCAGUCACACUGCUUCAUAUCUUCGGUUAUGGGCUCUUUCUUUAGCUCAUGCUCAAUUGUCAGAAGUACUUUGGAGUAUGGUUAUGACUAAAGGUCUCAUAUUAGAUUCGUGGAUUGGUGGUGUAUGGCUAUGGGCUGUCUUUGCUUUCUGGGCAGUUUUAACUGUCGGUAUCCUUGUUCUAAUGGAAGGUCUUUCAGCAUUUUUACACACACUUCGUCUACAUUGGGUUGAGUUCCAGAGCAAAUUCUACAAAGGACUUGGUUAUGGAUUUGCGCCAUUUUCUUUUGAAGUAAUUUUAAAUACAGCUGCAACAGCAACAGAAGAAUAAUUCUUUUAUUAGAUUAUGUAGUAGUUUUUAGAACUGUAUUAUUUCACAUAUGAAAUAAUAUCAUGUGUAAUUAUUAAUUUUUAAAAAAAACCAUUCCAAAUUUUUUA